UGACGUUCUUUCCACAUUUGCCCCUAUUUUGAAGAAAUGUGGGAUUUAUGCUGCAAUCUAUGUAUCCCAAUUUGCAUAUGCUAGGAAUGUCUCCUUGCUCAAAGGAUUCUUAGAGCGGUGGUCACCCGAUACUAACACUUUCCACACCAUUUAUGGCGAACUUGGGAUCUCUUUAUGGGACCUUCAUCGCAUUAGCGGGCUCCUCAUUCGUGGUGAGUUUUAUGAAGAGUUUACCCCAUCCAAUGACAUUUUAUAUUCGUCCCAGACAUCCAAGGCGUGCCGUGGGCUUUUCAACAUUUAUGCCAGCUCUGUUCAAUCCAAGAAGUUUACUUCAAGCCGUACACCAAGAAAAUACUUCUGACACAUUGGAAGAGACAGACGAAAUUACUUCUGAUACCUCGGUAGAGGCCCAAAUUCUUGCAGACUUACUUGAAGGAAAUGGGGUUAACAAAUUAUUUGACAAACUUGAAGCACCCUUUGCUUCAUCUGGCCUUCUUUUGGGAACUUCCUCUAACGAAGCAGCCACCCAUAUUCAGAAAGGUCUUACUAUUUCUCUCCAAUCAAUGACGGAUGUUAAUGGCAUGAUUGCUGUAGCAAACAACGUUUUCAUGAUUUUAAAGAGUUUGGGUGUAGACUUCAUCUCCUUUUAUGAGAAGGUGAAGAUAUUCCUUGGGUGCUUUGCUUUGAAAACCCAACUUGCAGACUCUUCAAACUUGUCUACUGCAGAAUUUGAGGCCCAAUAUUGUGAGAAGAAACUUCAUUUCGACAAAGUUUUUGGCGAACAUGAACAGCUGUCUGCUUCAAUUAUCAAGUCAGAUGAGCAGAUUGCGGGUCUUAAUCAAAGGAUUAUUCAAACCCAUUCCCUGUCUCAAUCCUUCGUCCAUUUUCUGAGGACCUUGACUGCUCUGAAUUUAAUACUCUUCUCAAGAGAAUGA